AAGCAGCUCACCUGUGUGUCUCUGUUUAGUGCCUAGGUGUGGAGUGGAGCUCCUUGUUCGUGUGUCCAUUUGAAGAAACUGAUUCCUCCACAGAGUGGACCAAAUGAGCUCAGAGGUUCCCAGUGGUCAGUUUGCCCAGCAGUAUCAAACAUACCUGGACUCCAUGUUUAUGCUGCUCGAGGACAAAAUCAUCACUUUUGUAAUGGAUGAACUGAGGAAGAUUCAGAAGGUUUUGAGUCCAGAUUACACAAAAUGUUCAGAAAGUCAGAGGGAGGAUGUGGAUGAAGAACAAUGGAGGACCAUCAGAGAGGCAUUUGCAAAGAUUGCAGUGCACUUCCUGAGGAGAAUGAAACAGGAAGAGCUGGCUGACCGGCUGCAGAGCAAUCUUCCAGCUGCAGUUUGUCAGCGUGAACUUAAAUCUAACCUGAAGAAGAAGUUUCAGUGUGUGUUUGAGGGGAUCACUAAAGCAGGAAACCCAACCCUUCUGAAUCAGAUCUACACAGAGCUCUACGUCACAGAGGGAGGGACUGCAGAGGUCAAUGAUGAACAUGAGGUCAGACAGAUUGAAAAAGCACUCAGGAAACCAUACAGACCAGAAACAACAAUCAGACAAGAAGACAUCUUUAAAGACUCACCUGGAAGAGAUGAACCAAUCAGAACAGUGCUGACAAUGGGAGUGGCUGGCAUUGGGAAAACAGUCUUAACACAGAAAUACACCCUCGACUGGGCUGAAGACAAAGCCAACCAGGACAUCCAGUUCAUAUUUCCAUUCACUUUCCGAGAGCUGAAUGUGCUGAAAGAGGAAAAGUUCAGCUUGGUGGAACUUGUUCAUCACUUCUUUACUGAAACCAAAGACGCAGGAAUCUGCAGGUUUGAAGACUUCCAGGUUGUGUUUAUCUUUGAUGGUCUGGAUGAGUGUCGACUUCCUCUGGACUUCUACAAAACAAAAAUCCUAACUGACCCUAGAAAGUCCACCUCAGUGGAUGUGCUGCUGACAAACCUCAUCAGGAGAAAACUACUUCCCUCUGCUCGUCUCUGGAUAACCACACGACCUGCAGCAGCCAAUCAGAUCUCUCCUGACUAUGUUGACAUGGUGACAGAGGUCAGAGGGUUCACUGACCCACAGAAGGAGGAGUAUUUCAUGAAGAGAUUCAAAGAUGAGGAGCAGGCUAGCCGGAUCAUCUCCUACAUCAAGACAUCACAAAGUCUCCACAUCAUGUGCCACAUCCCAGUCUUCUGCUGGAUCACUGCUACAGUUCUGGAGGAUGUGCUGAAAACCAGAGAGGGAGGACAGCUGCCCAAGACCCUGACUGAGAUGUACACACACUUUCUGGUGGUUCAGGCCAAAGUGAAGAAGGUCAAGUAUGAUGGAGGAGCUGAGACAAAUCCACACUGGGGUCCAGAGAGCAGGAAGAUGAUUGAGUCUCUGGGAAAACUGGCUUUUGAUCAGCUGCAGAAAGGAAACCUGAUCUUCUAUGAAUCAGACCUGACAGAGUGUGGCAUCGAUAUCAGAGCAGCCUCAGUGUACUCAGAAAUGUUCACACAGAUCUUUAAAGAGGAGAGAGGACUGUACCAGGACAAGGUGUUCUGCUUCAUCCAUCUGAGUGUUCAGGAGUUUCUGGCUGCUCUUCAUGUCCAUCUGACCUUCAUCAACUCUGGACUCAAUCUGCUGGGAGAACAGCAAUCAAACUUAAAAAAUCCCCAAAUAUUAAGAAAAAAAUCUAUAUCCUCCAACCUCUACCAGAGUGCUGUGAAGAAGGCCUUACGCACCCCAAAUGGACACCUUGACUUGUUCCUCCGCUUCCUCCUGGGUCUUUUACUGGAGACCAAUCAGAAUCUCCUACAAGGUCUGCUGACACAGACAGAAAUUAGCUUGCAGACCAAUCAAAAAACAGUCCAGUAUAUCAAGAAGAAGCUCAAUAAGAAUCUGUCUGCAGAAAAAAGCAUCAAUCUAUUCCACUGUCUGAAUGAACUGAAUGAUCAUUCUCUAGUGGAAGAGAUCCAACAGUCCCUGAGAUCAGGUAGUCUCUCCCCAGAUAAACUGUCUUGUGCUCAGUGGUCAGCUCUGGUCUUCAUCUUACUGUCAUCGGAAAAAGAUCUGGAUGUGUUUGACCUGAAAAAAUACUCUGCUUCAGAGGAGGCUCUUAUGAGGCUGCUGCCAGUUGUCAAAGCCUCCAACAAAGCUCUACUGAGUGACUGCAAUCUCUCAGAGAAAAGCUGUGAAACUCUGUCCUCAGUUCUCAGCUCCCAGUCCUCUAGUCUGAGAGAACUAGACCUGAGUAAUAACAACCUGAAGGACUCAGGAGUCGACCAUCUAUCUGCUGGAUUGGGGAGUCCAAAAUGUAAACUGGAAAUUCUUAGACUGUGUGGCUGUAACCUCUCUAACAAAAACUGUAAAGGUCUGUCCUCAGUUCUCAGGUCCCAGUCCUCUAGUCUGAGAGAACUGGACCUGAGUAACAACAACCUGCUGGACACAGGAGUGAAGCUUCUGUUUGCUGCAGUGGAGAGUCCAGACUGUAAACUGGAAAUUAUCAGGGUGGAGCCUGCUGGAGUCCGAUGGUUGAGACCAGGUCUGAGAAAGUAUUCCUGUCAACUCACAAUCGACACAAACACAGUCCACAAAAACCUCAAACUGUCUGACAAUAACAGGAAGGUGACACAUGUGGAGGAGGUUCAGUCAUAUUCUGAUCAUUCAGACAGAUUUGAUGUUUGUCCUCAGCUUCUGUGUAGAAAUGGUCUUACUGGUCGCUGUUACUGGGAGGCUGAGUGGAGAGGAACGGUUGACAUAUCAGUGACUUACAGAAGAAUCAGAAGAAAAGGAGGCAGUGAUAACUGUGUGUUUGGAUGUAAUGAUCGGUCCUGGCGACUGAGCUGCACUGAUGAUGGUCCUUGUUCCGUCUGGCACUAUAACAGAGAAACAAUUAUCUCCUCCUCCUCCUCUUCUGUCUCUAACAAAGUAGCAGUGUAUGUGGACUGUGCUGCUGGCACUCUGUCCUUCUACAGAGUCUCCUCUGACACUCUGAUCCACCUCCACACCUUCAACACCACAUUCACUGAAACUCUUUAUCCUGGGUUUACAGUUAGUCCUGGUUCUUCGAUGUCCGUGUGCUAAAAUGAGUCUAAAGAGUGUCCUUGUCAUGCUUCUGGGUUAUGGACCCGGCAUGUGUUUUGGGACUCAUGACUUCCCUUUAUGCAGUUCAAUUCAGUUCAAUUCAGUUUUAUUUAUGUAGCCCCAAAUUACAACAACAGUUGCCUCAAAGAGCUUAAUUUUUUAAGGUAAGAGAAUGAUAAUUUAUUCUUGUUUAUGUUUAUUUUGACCCUUUGUCACUUUCUUUUUGUCCCACUCAUUUCCUCUCCCAUUGUUAUCUCAUGUAUUUGUUGCCUGUAUAGGUUGUCCGUCAACUAGGUCAUUGUAGUCUAGGAGCUUAGAAAGAAAGCAGCUAGACUUCUUCAAAUGUCAUCAAGACAUUUCAACUCUCCUCCAAGAUGGUUCUUCUUCAAAUUGUGGAGUGUCCCAGGCAUUUAAACCCACAUUGGGAGGUGUCCCUUAAGACGGUUGUCUUAAGACCCAUUAUUGAUCAUGUGCCUUAUCACAUGAGCCAAGGUACAUUGUUAAGGUGUCCAUCUCGCCUACCAUCAUACUGAGUUGCAAUUCUACAAAGUCAAAUUUUUCAGACAGUGUGAGAAAUAAAAUGAUGUGUGUUCAUCGGUGCGCCUUCAAACUGCUUCACACUCAAUGAAAGUUAAGUAACACAGACUAUAACAUUAGAUUUCUGUUAAGUUCUCUUCCUUCAGACAAUAAAGGGUCCUUGGCUUUUGGUAACAUUGAUUUGUAGAAGUGCAAUUAUUACUCACACACUGCAUGAUGGCUGCACACUGCCCUUUAUUCUUAGCAGAGCUUAAACCAUAUGUCAGAAUCUCAUAACUCAUAGCCUCAUAACUAAUAACUAAAUAAUAAUUGUUUACCCACUGACAAACAUUUCAGGGUCUACUAAGUAAAAAAAAAAAAAAACUAUUUGUAGUAACUUACUUUUAAAUUACGUUUUUUUCAACCUAGACAUUUCUAGUUCAACACUUAUAAUAAUAUAACACUGUGUGCAAAUGAUUCAAAAAGAAUAAUUAACAACGCUUCUUGUAAUGGUGUUAAAAUCAGCCCAACUUUUAUUUGGAAAUGUAAAAAAGUAUAUGAGCCAACAUACUGAACACUAUUCUGCUAAGCAACAAUCAAUUAUAUGACCAUCAUUGUUAUAAUCUUACAAUGAAACAAAGUCUCAGAUUUACUUAAUGUGAAACUAAGUUUAGGCUUUCCACAACUUUGUGUUGUAGUUACAUUACUGAUAUAAUCAAAAUGUAUUUACUGUUCAGUCACAAGUGCAGCGUGUAGUUUAAGCAACACAUAUGCUGGUAUGUUGUAAUAUUUUAAGGAGGGCUUGUUUCCAGUCCAGGCAUUACUACCUGAAUGACUGUCAUGGAUUUAAGUGAUCUAAAUGUAAGUGCAGAAGAAAGUCUUUAACUUCCCUUAAGUACAGUGGCAGUGGAUGUGGGCUGGACAUUGUUAAGGUUCAUUUUGAGGAGAGAGAGAUGGUGGAGAUCAGAAUAACACACUGACCCUGUCAGGUGGAGUCAACGAAGAUUUUAAUGAAACACACGCAGCGUGGGAGAUAGACACUGGACACAGACAGCAUCAGAUCUCCAUCUCCAAAACUUCAGAACACAGUUUUAUACAUCGGGGUAUUAGAACGCCCCCUCUUGCGUAAAUUACAUGGAUACGUCAACUCAAAACCACAAAUGUUCUGUUUGACAACUUGUGACACAAUUAAAAGGACACUGGCUUCCAUCUUCUCCCCGGUGGU